UAGUAUUGAAAUUGAUUUCUGGUAAACUCAAAAAAAUCUAUAAUCUAGAUUGAUCGGGACAGGGCACGAAACAAGAUCAUGAAGCUAUAUAUGAUCUGUGUAUUAAUUUUAAGCUUUGCUUGCCUUUUUUCCAAUGGUCAAAGCAAUAAAAUGCAAGAUGUCUACAACAAAGCUGAAAGAAUGAUUUCCAGUUUUAAAAUGCAGCUGGAAGAAUUAAAACAGACCUACAUAGAAAUGACAACACAGAAAGAGAAUCAAGAACUUCCAGCUGUGACUAAUCCCUCAUCCUGUCUAGCUGCCGGAAUUAACACAGAUGGCAUCCAUGUCAUCGAAGUGCCUGGUUUGGAGCCCUUUCCAGUUUUUUGCGACACCCGACUGGCGGGAUCUGGAUGGACUGUUAUCCAACGUCGUCGGGAUGGUAGUGAAAACUUCUAUCGCAGUUGGGAGGAGUAUAGCCAGGGAUUUGGGGACCUCAGCGGAGAAUUCUUUCUGGGUCUGGAGAAGCUACACUUCCUAACCACCGCGGAACCCUACGAGCUUUAUGUCUACUUGGAGGAUUUCGAUGGAGUAAUACAUGACGCUCGAUACGAUGAUUUUGCCAUUGGCAAUGCAAACGAGUCCUAUGCGUUAUCACUUUUGGGUAAAUACUCUGGAGACGCUGGGGAUUCCUUGAGGUACCACCAGGGAAUGCCCUUCUCCACGUUUGACCAUGAUACUUUGGGUCAUGGAUGUGCCAGGAUUUAUGUGGGUGGUUGGUGGUACGAUCAGUGUCAGAGAAGCAACCUUAAUGGCCAAUAUUUGGAAGGUGGCAAAUUCGAGCCCAAGCUCUCGGGUCGCGGGAUCACUUGGAUGAGCUGGCGUGGCUACGAUUAUGGCUACAAAUUCGCACAAAUGAUGAUCAGGCCCAAGUGCUCCAACAACCUAAAAAGGCAGCCCAACGCACAUUGAAUUCUACACCAAAGCCGAAAUCGUUUUAUUUCUUGAUAAACACUAUCAACAUUUUUGGCCUUUAUUUACA